AUGUUCGUAUCGAACCCCAGGGCUAAUCCAACAGAUCUAAUUGUUCCAGAUCUGGACGAUCCUAUGGAAAUAGCAAAGUUGGAAACUGAUGAUUAUGACGCUCAAGAUAGGUACAAGAUCCUAGAAGAAAGGCUUAAGGCAAUAGAAGGUGCUGAAGUCUUCUCUGCUUUGAGUGCUAAAGAACUCAGUUUGGUGCCCGAUCUGGUUCUACCCCCGAAAUUCAAGGCACCAGAUUUUGAAAAGAACGAUGGGACGCGAUGUCCAAAGGCACAUCUCGUCAUGUUUUGUCGGAAGAUGACUGGUUACGUGAAUGAGGAUAAAUUGCUGAUACACUAUAUGGUGCCUGAUCGACUAACUUUGCAAAUGAUGGAAAAGAAGCCGACAGAGACUUUUAGGCAAUAUGCACAGAGAUGGAGGGAUAUCUCGGCUCAGGUGGAACCCCCGUUAACUGAGACGGAAAUAACGGUCCUCUUUAUCAACACUCUAAAAGCGCCAUUUUACGAUAAGUUGGUAGGAAGCGCCACAAAACACUUUGCGGAUAUUGUAAUAUCUGGGGAGCUUAUUGAAAACGCCGUCAAAAGUGGAAGAAUAGAAGGUCCCGAGGGUUCGAAGAGGGCAAUACCCAUGAAGAAAAAUGAGGCAGAAGCCCAUAUGAUUGGAACCGAUGGCCACUGUACCCCCAAUUCAUACCCCGCCCAAUCACGACCUCAUUAUCGCCCACCUUGA